AUGGAAGACUUCCCGGACAUUUUCCUGAAAAUAAAGCCUAUUUUCGAAUCUGUGAUCAAAAAUCCUACGCGGGACAGUAUCAUCAGUUUGAAUGAUCAUCUUAAGCAGGUCCACCCUAAAAGCGCAAAGAUCCUGCAGAAUGUGUUUCUGUACCAGCUGCUUACUCUCCUCAGCGAAGAAUCGGGAGUGAAUUGCAACGAAUUGAAAACCCAUGUGCUAGAUUGCAUUACCACCGUUCUACUCAAAGAAAAGCUCAGGAAGGCGAUUAUCGUGAAAACAUUAUUGAUUGCCUGCAUUAAAAAUAUCUACGACCCAAAUACCGGUCAGAUUCGGCCCAAUUUGUCAGAAGAGUAUAAACUGGCUCACUUGCGAGUAACUUCCUCCGUCAUGUCCCGCAUCCACUCAGAACUAGUCGAAGACGUUUAUGUGAAGGACAACCGGAAUCUCAUAGCGCAAGCCAUUUUUGUGUGCGUUAGUAUAGUGAAUACCGAGCGUUGGCGCGUACUGCGCAUUCAGGCCGUAGACGCAAUUUUGUCGCUGCUACAAGUUCAUGACUAUUUCGAUUCGAAUGAUAUCGUCCUACGCUGUCAGGUUGCAGAACUACUGUUCGUUGUACUUCCCAAACUUAUGGCCACCUUUUUGAUCGUCGUCAAAGGUGACGAUAAACAAGGAGUAGAAAUGAAGUGCAUUGCCGUUAAAGCCCUCGGAAGAACAUUGUGUCUGAUUUUCGAAGACUACUCAAAAGAAGGACUCGAAGUUGAGAUAAAUGUACAACGAUUUCGUCAACUUACUGAAAACAUAACGGCAAACAAGGCAAACGAAAAAGUGUUAGGCCUAGGUUUGCGUCAACGGGAUCAGAAGAGUAAAUACUUCAACGAAGCCGUGCGGUCACGAGAAUGGUUGCUGGCGGCAGAGGAACACGUAGAGAAGCUUCUCCUAUCCAUACAGUAUCUGAGAGGCCACGAGGAUGAUUCAAUCCGUUUCGAGUUUGCCAAAAUGAACUGCGAGCUGUUGAAAAAAUGCACCUACAAUAUGCCCAGGUGUACCGUGCACUAUCUGCAGUCCAUUAUAGCCUUGUGUCAGGAUGACACGGAACGGAUUAGAGAAAUGUGCCGGGACUGUGGCAAUGCAGUUUCCAGCUUUACAGUGUCCAUCGAAGGCAACCGCAUCGACGAGCUGUUCUACGAUGCCCUUAAUCAAUUGCCUCGUUCCAUUUAUCGGGGUGACUCUAUAGAACAGAUAGCAAGUUUCCGGCUUGUCGGGGGCUAUCUUCACUUCUUUUCCACCGCUCAACUAAUGAACGUUUUGUCGAAUCAAAAUAUCUUGCAACAGUUCAUCGCCAUUUUGCUGGCUGGCGCCGAACUGGACGGUGUGGAUGAGCUAGUGCGACGCGAGUACGUUUCCUAUCGGUUUGAGUAUGAAGAAGGUUUCAGAUUGCAGAAGGAGAAAAAUGAGUCCCGAUGGAUUGUACUGAAGAACGUUACAUCCCCCCGAGCGAGACGGUGCUUUUUAGACGUUUUUCAAGCACUACAACAUCAUACCGAGUGUUUAAACACCGUGUGCAUUCAUAUUUUGCAAGAUUUCUUUACUUCGCGUGUUAACAGUAAUGGAUACCUUUACAUAUUGAGUGAAAUGAUCCCCCGAGGAAAGGACUAUGAGGCGUCGAGCGCGCAUAACGAUUUGCAAGAAAAACUAGCGAUGCAGGAGACAUUCAAAAAUAUCCUAUUAGAAGUGAUGCAGCCACAUCACUGGCUGUUGGAGCUAGACGAGAAUGAUAACAUAAUCGAGCAGAAGUACAAUAUUCUGCACAUUUGUCUGGUGCUUCGUAUCGUCACCCGAAUGGCUUCCACUAUGGGUAACAGUUUUCAACCUUUUCUUUACGAUGCGUUAAGAUUAAUGCUGCAAUGCGCCAGUUCUAUGCUCAAUUGCAUAAAUGAAUCAUCUGAACUGGCUUUGGACACAAUAGCGACCGCUCUAGGAUUGUCAGGUAUUCAGCAGUUGAUCUACCAGAAUCUUGACUACAUAUCGCACCAUAUUACUCGCUGCAUGCGAAGAACCGAGCACUUUCAGGAUGGACUACGUAUGCUAGAAUCGGUUCUGAGGUUCGUUCCGUAUGAGUCAUCCAACGUGCUCGAGUCAACAGUUACGCCGAUCGUCAUGAACAUUCUUGAUAGCUACUCUCAGUACGGUCAGCAGAACUCGAUCGUGUGCUUGAGGGUGCUACAAAUCUUUAUCCAUUCCAUGAGGUUUCGAUUUAACCAUGAAAGCUCGGAACCAUUAACCACGAGCGAAGAAAGUGACCGACAGAAACUGUCGGAACAAAUUAAGCGGUUGCAAAGCUUGCUACAAAGGGAAAUUAGUAACGAACCCGACCCCCUCGAAGCUGAUCUGGGUCAAAUGGAACAAGAAGAAACAGGCGAAUCGCGCGCUGCCGAAGAGGAUGAUGUUUACCAAACGACCAAAACCGAUAUACCGUCACACCUUCAGCUUGUACUGCGCAUAUUGAGCGUCAACUUCAAAUUCGUAGCCUCAUCGAACGAAGCCGAGCGCAUUGUUGCCCUUUCCACGAUCAAUGAAGGGAUCCACAUAGUGCAUCGGCACGAAAACCAGUUGCUUCCGUUGGUGCAUAACAUUUGGUUCAACCUCACGGAACGGUUCACCGAUAAAAGCCCAGCAGUCUUAAGCAACGCCUUAGAUUUACUCGUUACCUUAGCUAAGCUUGCGAAGGAUUUCAUCCGGAAACGUUCGAUCGAUGACGUACUACCGAAACUCUACUUGUUUAUGAAGAACAAUUGGGAUGCAGAUUUCAGUGCGCACCAGGUAUUCAAGAUGCAGCGCAAAUUUCUGCUCUCACUUCCGGAUUUGGUGAAAGAUCUUGCGCUCAACGAAAGACAACUGGACGAAGCCCUCGAAGUAGUGCGCCUUUACUUGGAGAAAUGCGAGCGUAAAGAAUUGAAAAAGCAUGCUUGGGAUUGCAUUCAGCGUUUAAAAUGUGUGAAUUCAUUUGCUGUCUUUUUGAAAGUUCAAUAA